AUGACGGCUUAUCUUGGUGCGUCAAUAUACGCGAGCAAUGUCGGGGCUCCAAUGUUUGUAGGCUUAUCAGGGACCGCUGCAGCCAGCGGUUUAGCAGUUGUCAUUUAUGAAUGGCAUGCGGUGUAUAUUCUCAUAUCAUUGGGGUGGAUAUUUGUCCCCGUCUACAUUGCGUCAGGGGCAUUUACAAGUCCUGAGUAUCUGAAGAAGAGAUUUGGAGGGAAGAGGAUCCAAGUGUGCACAUCAAUUAUCAUGCUUGUCUCUUAUAUUCUCAGAAAUAUCAGUGUAAAUAUUUUCUCAUACCUAAAAUAUAUAUGUACUCAUAAUGCUCUGUUUUCAGGUGGCCUCCGGGCGGUCAUUUUUACGGACACAUUGCAAACGGGUAUACUUGUUGUUGGAGCAAUAACUGUAUUUAUUAUAUCUUUCAUGAAGAUCGGGAGCUGGCACACCAUGGAGGUAAAAUACAUGAAGGCAGCCACAAAUUACACGCUCUCUAAUCAGUCAUUCUAUAGCUGUGGUAUGCCACGUGACGAUGCCUUCCAUAUAUUUCGUGAUCCAGUGAAAGGUGAUAUACCAUGGCCCGGUGUUUUAUUUGGCCUGACAAUCCUAGCAUUGUUCGUGUGGUGCCAAGAUCAGUUAAUGGUUCAACGAUGUCUUUCGGCUAAGAAUUUGGCCCAUGCUAAAGGCGGAACUCUGUUUGCCUCCUUGUUAAAAUUUCUUAGCUUACCCAUGUUUGUACUGCCUGGAAUGAUCAGUAGAAUAUUUUAUACAGAUGAGGUUGCUUGCGCCGAUCCUGAUGAUUGCACGGAAAUUUGUGGAAGUCCCUCCGGAUGUUCGAACAUUGCAUACCCGCUCCUUGUCCUACGCAUUCUCCCUGUAGGUGUACGCGGAUUGAUGUUGGCUGCACUUCUUUCCGCGAUUAUGAGCACAUUAACAUCUGUCUUUAACAGUGCAAGUUCUUUGGUAACGCUCGACCUUUGGGCUCAUUUCCGAAAGAACGCCGGACAAAGAGAAUUAAUGGUAGUGGGAAGAGUUACGGUCCUUGUUUUAGUAGGAAUCAGUAUACUAUGGUUACCAAUUCUACAAGAUCAACAAGGCGGAAUACUUUGGUUUUAUCUAGCAUCAAUUGUUGCGUAUUUCUUUGUUCCAUGGUGUGUAGCUUUUCUUCUUGGUUUGUUUUGGAAGCCAACGACAGAACCAGCUAUAUUCUACGGCAUGUCGUUUGGAUUAUUUGUUGGUGUCAUCCGGAUGGGUUUGGAUUUUUCCGUAGCCCCUCCUUAUUGUGGGAGUGGAGAGCCUGACGAACGGCCAGUCAUUUCAGCCAAGCUAGACUUUCUACAUUUUUCAAUCAUCAACGGAUUGAUCUGUGUGGUUGUAAUGGUGAUAAUUAGCUUGUUCACGAAGCCUAGAAAUUCAAACCAGCUGCACAAGUUGACAUGGUGGACCAGACAUGACAAAGAAGAACCUGAACUAACUGAUGACGAAGAUGAUGAAUGCAAAGAAAAGGUUGAUGAGCAACAAAUAAGUGAGGAUGAGGCCGUUGCUGAAACUAAAACAUUUCAAUCAAUUGAAAUAGAAUCAAAACCGACGGCAUACAUUAACGGUGAAAGAUGUAAAAUGGCAUUUUUGGCGUGGGUUUGUGGAAAUCAGGAUACCGGAAAUACAAACAUUUCAGCGGAAGAACGUGCGAUAAUUCGCAGGAAAAUGACAUCAAUUAAACAAAAUCGCAAGGCGACAGCGUUUCUAAAUACGGGAGCCAUAAUAAUUAUGGUGGCAAUAACUUUUUUGAUUGGUUUCUAUGCUUAAAAUGUGCCAUACGGGUAUAUGACAGAACCGAACAUUUUAUGUAAAACUAUAAAUACCACAACGUUUAUACAAAUUUUUAUGUGUUUUAAAAAUACAUUUUAGCUCACCUGAGCACAACGUGUUUGUGAUGGCAACUCGUCCGUCGUUUGUCGUUGUUCAUAAUUUCUUUCAAACAGAACUCCUCUCACACCACAAUGAUGAUAUUGACCAAACUGAACAGGAAUGAUCCUUGAGUAUCCCCUAUAAAGUAAUGUCAAUGUUUUAUAUGUAGUCACAAGUGCCAAAAAUAUACACUUGUACUUCAAAAAUUAAAUAUUUGAAAAUCUUCUUUCCAGUAACGGCAAUGCACAGAUCUUAGAUAUUUGACAUGUAGCAUCACAUUGUUAUCCUUUCUUAGCUAAAGAAAAUCAUAUACAAUAAUAGGGUCUGUGGUAUUUGUGGUAUACAUAAACAUAGCACCGAGUCAAAUUAUUCAAGGCCAAGAUCACAGGAACAGAACUCAUGGAUACAUCACCUCUGGGGGUAAGACAGGUACAACGGAGUCUGUAUUACAUUUGUGGAGACAGUUCAAAGAAGUUGCAAAUAUGUGAUGACCAUUGGAUAAGGUCAGCAUGGUCUAUUUCUUUAUGACUUUUUGUGAUAUGUUUACAUAAUCAAAGACAUGCACGAAGAUUUUCUCAUCACAGAACCUUCUUUACUCCUUCAAAAAUCAUGCUUCCAUGAUUUCUGCUCCUGGGACCUGAACUGAGCGGGUAAAAGGCCUAUAGUUUACAUAUUUAGCGUAUACAUAACAGUUACAUCGUGUAGUUGAUUAGUAUUGUCCUAAUGGGUACGGCAUGUCACUAUUCGAGAGUAUGUGUUUUCGUCAGUAAAUCAGUUCUAAGAAGAUUUUUCAAAUGGCUAUAUUAAACAAUAUUAUUUUAAGGUAGUACCUUUAGUUAUAUUCGAAUACGUUAUGACUUGUGAUUUCACCUCUUACUCAAUUCUAACUUACACACUCACACUAUGAAAACGAAUUUUCUCCUAUAAGGAUGGUUAUGUUGUCCAUGGGCGGUUGUCAGUGUUAUUGUUUUUUUGGUUUUGUAAACAUUGUUAUAACUAUUGUACAAAUCUCUAACAUAGGGUAAAAAUGUUU